AUGGGUGUCUGGACCUCAGUCACCAAUAUCUUCCUCAGUCUUUGGAGGACGUAUGUGUCUCCAAGGAGCCUUGGAUGGAUGGACUUCACCCAACAUUUGGGCACUUGCUGUUUUGUUGCUUUCAUUUCCGUGGGCCUCCUCUCUGGGGCCUUCUCCUGGCUUCUGUCCUCAUUCGUAGUCUUCACCACCUCCUGGAUGGUCACGUGUGCUCUGCUGUGCUGCUCCAAGCACGCACGGUGUUUCAUUCUGCUCUUCUUCCUCUCGUGUGGCCUGCGUGAAGGCAGGAACGCUUUGAUCACCGCUGGCACAGGGAUAGUAAUCUUUGGACACGUGGAAAAUAUUUUUCACAACUUUAAAGGUCUCCUGGACAGUAUGACUUGCAACCUAAGGGCAAAGAGCUUUUCCAUCCAUUUUCCACUCUUGAAAAAAUAUAUUGAAGCAAUUCAGUGGAUAUACGGCCUUGCCACUCACCUAAGUCUAUUUGAUGACCUUGUUUCUUGGAACCAAACCCUGGAGGUCUCUCUUUUUAGUCCCAGCCAAGCCCUGGAGGCACAGCUCAAUGACACUACAGACAGAGCCCUGCAUGUCUUGUACCAGGUAGUGACGGCGACAGAGGUGUUGUCUUCCCUGGGGCGGCAGCUAUUUGCCCUCACAGGGCUUCUGCUGGUGCUACUUGGCACUGGCCUCUUCAUGAGGCGAUUUUUGGGCUCCUGUGGUUGGAAGUUUGAGAACAUCUACGUCACCAGACAAUUUGUUCAGUUUGACGAGAGAGAGAGGCACGCACAGAGGCCCUGCGUUCUCCCGCUGAAUAAGCAGGAAAGGAAGAAAUUCAUUUCUGGCUUCCAGUCCUGA